CUCAUUCUCAUUCUCAUAUUACAGCAACCAUCAUAAUAUUCGACAUAACAUCCCAUCUACACUUCACACGUAAAUCUAUAAUCCAAAAUACACAAAUAAACGUCAAUUAUGGCCGAGACUCAAGUUCAAAGGCAGCAGCAGCAGCAGCCCGCAGCCUCAAAAGCCAAGUCCAAGAAACGCCCUCGCAAUGACGAAACUGCUUCGCGCAAACGAAGAAAGCAAGCUUACGAGGAAGAUGAGGAAUACCUCGACCUGGAAGCCGGCGUGAACAAGAAGAUGUCCAUGAUCGACAAUCUACUCCUGGCAGACCACUAUUCCAAGAAAAUCAGGAGAUUUGGAACGGAUUUAAAACCAGUCGAGCUCAGCCAAUUAGACAUAUCACCAAACUACAUCACAGACACCACGUCUUUCCAAGAGACGAGGAAUCUAGAGAAUCUACCACAGUUCCUAGAGCAAUUCGCAGACCCAAAGAAACUAGGGGAAGCACCCAAGGAGAACGGCGCACCACACACCAUCAUCGUCACCGGCGCCGGUCUGAGAGCCGCAGAUCUCGUCAGGUCCGUCCGGAAAUACCAAUCGAAAAAAAACACAGUCGCAAAACUGUUCGCAAAGCACAUCAAGAUCGAAGAAAGCGUGCAAUUCCUCCAGAAGCACCGCACGGGCGUCGCAGUGGGCACUCCCGUUCGAUUAUCCGAUCUAGUCGAUAACUCCGCCUUGAACCUAAGCAAACUCGAACGUCUGGUCGUAGAUGCCUCGCACAUUGAUCAGAAGAAACGCGGCGUCAUGGAUAUGAAGGAGACUAUGUUACCACUAGCCCGUUGGCUGGCCCGCCAAGAGUUCAAGGAGAGAUAUGCUGAUCCUGAGAAGCCCCUGCAGCUGCUUUUCUACUAAGCAGGCGGGUAUGGCGUCAGUUAGUUUGUUAACCUAGGUUGCCAAAGGUAUUCAAACUUAUUCUAUAUAAUCACAUGAGAGUGGAGGAAGGCAAUCAACAUAUGAUACCCCGCAGAUCGAUGAGUCUUUCGUCUUUCGUUAGUUAAUAAUUCAGGUACACCUAGAUUAACUCACUGGACA